CCCUUCCCGGCCUGCACCGCGGCGGCGGCAGAGAGAGCGGCAAGAUGGCGGACGUCCUGGAUCUGCAUGAGGCGGGAGGCGAGGACUUCGCUAUGGACGAGGAUGGCGACGAGAGCAUCCACAAGCUGAAGGAGAAAGCCAAGAAGCGGAAAGGCCGAGGCUUCGGUUCAGAGGAGGGCUCGCGGGCCCGGGUGCGUGAGGACUAUGACAGCGUGGAGCAGGACGGGGAUGAGCCAGGCCCGCAGAGGUCGGUGGAGGGCUGGAUUCUCUUCGUCACGGGGGUUCACGAGGAAGCGACGGAAGAAGACAUCCACGACAAAUUCGCGGAGUAUGGCGAGAUAAAAAACAUCCACCUGAACCUCGACAGACGGACGGGCUACCUGAAGGGAUAUACUCUGGUCGAGUACGAAACCUAUAAAGAGGCGCAGGCAGCCAUGGAGGGGCUGAAUGGCCAGGAGCUGAUGGGGCAGCCCAUCAGCGUGGAUUGGUGCUUCGUGAGAGGGCCCCCGAAGGGAAAGAGAAGGGGCGGGCGCCGGCGGAGCAGGAGUCCGGACAGGCGACGCCGAUGAUGGAUCUUCAUUCCUACCCAUGCGUUCCAAGUCCAAACUGGGAGAACUGGGAGGGGAGGGGGUGGGGGUGGGGAUGUUGUACAUUGGGGGCAGGGCAUUUGAGGAAUAGCUGGAGGAGUAAAACAGUUCAUCACUUUGGCAGAGUUGCUUCUUACCAGAUUUUAUUGUUUUCAAACAAGAAAAGCGGAGUGAAGAAGCAACACCUGAGGUUUUCAGGGGGAGCAUUUCACUCGCGUUCGUGGCGGGUGCAGCCCCCGUGGCCUGGGGACAUCCCAACCCCCCACGUUUUUAAGCAUUUUGUUACGCCUGCGAGUGACCUGGCAUUUUGGCCACUCUUCUUUUGGAGAAAGUUGUUUUCUAUACCCCAGGCAACCGUUCCGUACAUCUCCUGAGGGGUUUAUUCUGUUGACUUUAUGUUUGCGCGUGAACUCAGCCUUUUAAAUAACACUGAUUUUGUGUAAAAUUGUCCUCUUAUUAUUUGUCCUUAAUUAAACAUUCUGAGAAGCUGUAACCAAG